UCACCGGACUAUCAACCCACCAUACACACAACAAAUAUGAAGACCUUUAUUGUGUUCGCUUGUUUGGCUGUGGCGGCGGCCCGUGCCGGAAUCGCCCACGGAGGUUACCACGGUCACGGUUACGGAGGUCACGGUGGAUACGGAGGUGGUUACGGAUUCGCCGGACACGGUGGAGCCGGACUUAGCGGUGGACUCGCCGCUGGUGCUGGAACCGCAGCCUCUCUCCAAGGAGGAGCCUCCAGCUUGGGAUCUGGUGGUCUUGGUGCCAGCUACGCUGCUGGUGCUGCUGCCGCUGCUGGUGCCGCAGGAGUCCAACAGAUUGUAUCUGGUGGAGUAACCGGAGGCAGGUCUGACAUCGGACCCGCAGAAGGACCAAAAGCCAACGUUGGACCCCAGAGCGGACCAUCAGACCUCGUAGGACCCCAAGAAGGAGCUAAAUCCGUAGGAGGACCCCGUACCGGACCCGCCAGCCUUGUUGGACCCGCUGCCGGACCAUCCACCCUUGUAGGACCAUCCCAAGGAACUGCCACCCUUGUUGGACCAUCCCAGGCUACCGCUAGCCUUGUUGGACCCAGCUACGGAGGAGUUGCUUUCUACGCCGGUGCCGGUGGAAUCAACGGUGACGACGGUAGCUCUGGCUCUGCUGCUGCUGCUGCUCCCGGUGGUGGAUUCGGUGGUUUCGGAGGUCCAGGUGCCAUUGCCGUCAUUGGUGGUGGUCCAGGAAUCCACGGUGCCAUUGGUGGACACGAUGCCGGAGUUGCUGUGAUCAACGGACCAUCUGGAGCAAUCCACGCUGGUCUUGGCUCCCACGGAGCUAUCUUCCCCGGAGCAAUCCAUGGCCAUGGUCACGGUAAAUGGCAGUAA